CUUUCAUAUCGGGAUCACAGUCAUUGGGUACGAUGCUGCCUCUGGGUGCUCUGCAACCGACAGCCGCCCAACCGACUGCAGCAGGGGCUUUCUGAACCCGAGCCGAGUGCUGCCUACACACACAAGCUACCAGCUCUCAUACUCCGCUAUCACGUACUGACCUAACAGUAUACGAUGUUUUCAAUGGACGCCGUUUCGCACGACAUGUUUUAAGUCGCAGUUUUCGAACGUGGAAAUGACCCCUUCUUGUCGGAUUAAUUUUUGAGGUACAACUGUGAUCUCUUCAUCACACAUCGACUGGAGCAGAGUCAGCCACUCCAUUUGUUUGCGCAUGCGAACAUCUCGUCGUUGGCAGUUAGCUUGGUAACGUUAGUCGAUGUGUCUAGCUUUCUGGAUGUUUAGUUUCCAUAAUACUGGAUUUAGUUUUCAGUUGCCCUUGGCCUCGAGCUAGCUUUAGAUUGUGUAUCGUUUUAAACACCAUUAGCUAGCUAAAGCUGGCUAGCUACGUGUUAUAACAAGCAAGGGAGAUUUUGUUCGUCAAAGCACAUCUGACUGGUUCGUUGGGAUACGGAAUGCGACUCGCUAAAUAACCAAACCUGGGCUACACAGGAGAAACCACAUACAUUUCUCCGUUUUCAUUCAAAAGCUACUAGUGUGGUUGCCAUGGUGGUUCUGUGAAGAGUGGUUGCUGGGCUGUGGACAGAGAAAGAGAGAGAUGAAGGGGGGUUCAUGCUCAGAAUGGCCUGACUGUGCUGAAAUGGAACUCCUCUACCAUGUUUGGUUCCAGAACAGUGGAGCUGUUUAUUAUCUGUGUUAAGGGAGCAUGUUUGAGUGACAAGUGAAGGAGGAAGUGGGAUCUCUGAAGCUCCUCCCCCUGCUGGUGGAGUCCCUGUACAUCUGGACCAGAGACCCCUUUACUCAGCAGGACAGGAUGCGGAGGUUUGCCUACUGUAAGGUGGUGCUGGCCACCUCCCUGGUGUGGGUGAUGUUGGACAUGUUCAUCUUGCUCUACUUCAGCGAGUGUAACAAGUGUGAUGACAAGAGGGAGAGGGGCCUACCAGGCAGGGACGAUACAGUAUUGCGUCCCAGGGAGGGUCCAGGAGAAGGAGGUAAACCUGUGGUGAUUUCUAAAGACAACCAGGAGAAGAUGAAGGAGAUGUUUAAGAUCAACCAGUUUAAUCUGAUGGCCUCGGAGAUGAUCGCUUUCAACAGAACCCUGCCUGAUGUCCGCCUGGAGGGCUGUAAGAAUAAGCUGUAUCCAGACGACCUGCCUCGUACCAGUGUAGUGAUCGUGUUCCACAAUGAGGCCUGGUCCACUCUGCUGCGGACCGUCCGCUCUGUCAUCGACCGCUCCCCCAAGUCUCUGUUGGAGGAGGUAGUCCUGGUGGACGACGCUAGUGAGAGAGACUUCCUGAAGCGGCCAUUAGAGCAGUAUGUCAGGAGGAUGGAGGUUCCAGUCAGAGUGGUGAGGAUGGAACAGAGAUCUGGACUGAUCAGAGCUCGACUGAAAGGAGCCUCACUCUCCACCGGACAGGUGAUCACGUUUCUAGAUGCUCACUGUGAGUGCACCAUUGGCUGGCUGGAACCUCUGCUGGCCCGCAUCAAGCUAGACAGGAAAACGGUGGUGUGUCCCAUCAUCGACGUGAUCAGUGAUGACACGUUUGAGUACAUGGCUGGUUCUGACAUGACCUACGGAGGCUUCAACUGGAAGCUGAACUUCCGCUGGUACCCUGUACCCCAGAGAGAGAUGGACCGUCGCAAGGGAGACCGCACUCUGCCCGUUCGGACUCCUACCAUGGCCGGUGGGUUGUUUUCUAUAGACAGAGAUUAUUUCCAGGAGAUAGGGACGUAUGACGCAGGUAUGGACAUUUGGGGAGGAGAGAACCUGGAGAUCUCCUUUAGGAUCUGGCAGUGCGGGGGGACGUUGGAGAUCGUGACGUGUUCUCACGUGGGUCACGUGUUCCGGAAGGCCACGCCCUACACGUUUCCAGGGGGAACGGGUCAGAUCAUCAAUAAGAACAACAGACGCCUGGCCGAGGUCUGGAUGGACCAGUUCAAAAACUUCUUCUACAUCAUCUCCCCUGGUGUGACGAAGGUGGACUAUGGUGACAUCACGUCUCGCUCGUCUCUGAGACAGAAGCUGCAGUGUAAACCUUUCAGCUGGUACCUGGAGAACGUCUAUCCUGACUCCCAGAUACCACGACACUACUACUCACUGGGAGAGAUCCGUAACGUGGAGACUAACCAGUGUCUGGACAACAUGGCCCGGAAGGAGAACGAGAAAGUUGGCAUCUUCAACUGCCAUGGCAUGGGAGGAAACCAGGUGUUCAGCUACACGGCCAAUAAAGAGAUCAGGACAGAUGACCUGUGUCUAGACGUGUCCAAACUCAACGGUCCUGUCAUGAUGCUCAAGUGUCAUCACCUGAAAGGAAACCAGCUCUGGGAGUAUGACCCCAUGAAGUUGACCCUGAUCCACGUCAAUAGUAACCAGUGUCUGGACAAGGCCAGUGAGGAGGACAGCCAGGUGCCCAGUGUCAGAGACUGCACACACACUCGCUCUCAACAGUGGCUGCUGCGCAACGUCACGCUGCCUGAGAUCUUCUGACCGCUGCCCACACACACACACACACACACACACACACACACACACACACACACACUGAUGGGGAGAGAGAGAGUGAGAGGGAAGAGGAGGAGAACAGAAGGGACAGUCCACGCUGAAUGGGAUGAAGCAGGGCUUUUCUAUGGCGGCUGGGAGAGAGGGAACAUGUUUGGACUCAAUGGAGGAGAGACUCGUACUUUUAUCAAGAGAGACUGGUGAUGUUUUAAAGAGAGAGCGACCUGCUCCUGUAGAGACAUGUUGUUAAAGAGAGAGAGAGACCUGCUCCUGGAAAGACAUGUUGUUAAAGAGAGAGAGAGAGAGACCUGCUCCAGGGGAGACAUGUUGUUAAAGAGAGAGAGAGAGACCUGCUCCUGGAGAGACAUGU